UGCAACAUAUGUGUAGAAAAGGAUUAUGUUUUAGUCAAUUCACAAUGUGUGAAUUACAAAGAAAUUGAAUAUUGUAAAUCUGCUAACAAUUCAAAGUGUAUUGAAUGUGAAGGGUAUCACAAACCAAGUGAUAUAGGUGAUAACUGUGUCAAAGUGACGAAUUAUGGUUUAGUCGUUGGAGUACCGAUUUCAGUCACAUUAGUAGUUAUUGUAUUAAUUGUUGUGAUAAUAAUAGUAGUAAUUCUUUGGUUGCAAAAUCAAAAACAGAAGAAAAAAGAGCAAAAUAUUUGCAACUUCAAGAUGAGUCGGUCAAACAUUGAGAUGAUGAAAAUAAGUGCAAAUUUGGUGUCAAAUAAGAAGAAAUUGACGUUUGAUCUUGACAACAAUGAUCCACUCAAAGUUGAUAAAGAAACAAGGGAUUUAAUUUGUAUUGGAAACAAUUCAAAAAACAACUUGAAAGUACAAUUUAGUGUGAUGAAUGGGUGUGAUUAUUAUGAAAUUAGAACAGUACCUUCACUUGUAUCUCUCAAGCCUGGCUUUGCUUGCGAAUUUGAAAUAUUUAUUAAACCGUUGUGUACUUGUACUACCAAGGAAGAUGUAAUGAUUACUUCAUUAAAUCUUUCAACGGGAAUCAUUGAAAACACAAAAAUACCAAUUGAGAUAGAGACUGAACAAACAACUAAAUUGAAUUAUAGAGAACUUGAAGAAGAUAAGAAACUUGGUGAAGGCUCUUUUGGAAUUGUAUACAAAGGAAAAUAUAGAGGAAAUGUAGUUGCCAUUAAAAAGAUGAAACAACUUGACAACAAUGAAAGUGGACUUGUAGAAUUUGAAAAGGAAGUUUCCAUGUUAGACAAAUUCCGCAGUGAAUAUAUCAUCCAUUUUUAUGGUGCCGUUUUUAUAGAAAGUAAGGUGUGUAUGGUCACUGAAUUUGCACAAUUUGGGUCACUACAAGACUUGAUCAAACACCAAAAAAGUGAAGAAAUUGAAAAAAAGUUAAGGUUGAAAUUCUUACUUGAUGGUGCAAAAGGUAUUCAGUAUCUUCAUGAGAAUGGAAUUUUACACAGGGAUAUCAAGCCCGACAAUUUGCUUGUAAUGUCUUUGAAUAUCACAGAAAAAGUUAAUGCUAAAUUGACUGAUUUUGGGAGUAGUAGAAAUGUAAAUAUGCUACAAACCAACAUGACAUUUACAAAAGGAAUUGGAACACCAGUAUACAUGGCUCCGGAAAUACUCAAACAACAAAAAUAUAAAAAGUCUGCUGAUGUGUAUUCAUUUGGAAUCACCAUGUUUGAAGUCAUUUCAUGGAAAGAGCCGUACUCCAAAGAUCAAUUUAAAUAUCCAUGGAAAAUCGCAGAUUUUGUAAUGGCUGGAAAUCGUCUUAAAAAACCCGAGAUGAUGAGCAAUGAACAAUAUGAUAUAAUAUCAGACUGUUGGUCUCCACAAAUGGAAAAAAGAAUGACAAUCAACGAAGCGGCCCAAAGAAUCGAAAAAUUGUUGAUUUAA